AUGGAUGAAGAGAGCUGCACGAACACCAAUCCGCACGAACAGAGCGACAAGACGAAUCCGCAAUUACAAGGGGAAGGUGAUAUGUUUAGUCCCAGCAAACGCAACCGACAAGGUGGCGGCCUGGCGUGCAUAUUUGUUCAUGCUGGAGCUGGAUUCCACAGCGUACAGAACGAGCAGCACCAUCUCGCGGCCUGUAACGAUGCGGCCAAGGCUGCCAUGGCAGUAAUGCGCGGCGGCGGGUCGGCCGUUGAUGCUGUCGAAAUCGCAAUCAAAGUUCUCGAAGACCGGGAAAUCACCAAUGCCGGCUACGGCAGCAAUCUUGCGAUCGAUGGCGUGGUUGAGUGCGACGCUAUUGUCGUCGAUCAUUUCGGCCGUAGCGGAGCUGCCGGUGCAGUAGCUCAGAUCAAAAACCCAAUUUCGCUGGCUCGCCUUCUGCUGGAUCACACAGCGCAGACACUAUCACUGCGCCGUGUCCCUCCCAAUCUACUGGUUGGGCAGGGCGCCACAGACUUCGCGUACGAGCACAACAUGCCCGUGUUACCGCUCGAGAGCAUGAUCUCACCCGCUGCGCGUGAGAGAUGGCGGCGCUGGAAGAGCGAUCUGGGUAAGGCAGACAGGGCGCGAAAAGCGAACGAGGCUGAACGGUACGGCCUGUCUCCUCCGCCGUCUGAGCGCGACCUUUCUUCUUACAUGCAAGACGUCGACCGGCAAGAAGACAUUCGAAGAGCUCACUCUAAGGCUAUGCUGGCGGGUGUUUGGAACGAGGCACAACCACCCUCACCUCCACCUUCCAACGACAGAUUGCUCACAGAAGACCCGCCUUCUCACGACAAAGUCUGGAAGGAAGACCCACCAUCAUCUCCGUCACGUUCAAGUUCCGAAUUGAUAAUGGUGGAUUAUCACCACGAGCGCGUUAGGGACGGCCACGACGUGAUGGAAGAGUGCAGCGACCCCUACGGUCCACCUGAUCUGCAGGAAUAUACUCGCAGUCCGGACACGUCGCGGUCAGCGCGGACAAUAAGCAACCAAGCAGUCUGCGGCGACGAUAACUACCAGAUCAGCGCUGACGGUGGCUUCCCAUUCCAUCCGUUCAGCAGCUCGAACAUAGAGCUUGUUGAUCCCGAAAGCUUCGGCUCUCACCCGUGCUUGCAUAUGCCUCGGACUGCGUCAGCGGGAUGGCAUGACGGCUCAUCGGGUUCGGACUCUAGCUGUACUGCUGUUCUUGCGGGUCCGCCUGAUCUACAUGAGCGACCAUCGACAGCCAUCCGAGAUCCUCAGCACAUAAUAAUUAAGGGUGAUGACGCUGACCAUGCUCACGCUAAACGCGACCCUCACCGUCCACCUUUACCCUCAAUCGCUGCCGAUGCCACCAGGCCGUCCCCCACUACCCUGCCGCUAGUCGAUGGCGCGCAAGUCGCGGACGAUAUGAUUACAGACACUGUAGGCGCCAUCGCGAUUGAUCUGUAUGGCAACAUUGCUUGCGGCGCCUCGUCAGGAGGUAUCGGCAUGAAGCACCGCGGCCGUAUUGGCCCAGCUGCCCUAGUCGGGAUCGGAGCAGCAGUCAUACCAUGCGCGGAAACCGACCCAGAUAAACAAUGCGUAGCGACUGUCACCAGUGGUACAGGUGAGCACAUGGGUACUACGCAAGCAGCAAGCGUCUGCACAGAGCGUCUCUACCAUAACACACGCAAGGUGCUCAGCGGCAAAUACGAGGAAGCCGAUGACGACCAAGCCAUCAGUAGCUUUAUCGAAAAGGACUUCAUGCACCAUCCCAGCGUCAAGUACAGCCACUCCAAUGGCGCCAUCGGCGUGCUCUCGGCUAAGAAGACCCGGGACGGCGUCUACCUGUACUUUGGCCACAACACGGACUCGUUCGCGCUGGCAUCGAUGCACUCGGACGAGCGAGCACCAGUAUGUACAAUGAGCCGAAACAAGGGCAAUGGGUCGAUCGCACAGGGUGGCCGGGCUGUAAGGUUUCGGCGAAGGAAGGCAGCGGCCGACUUUUAG